AUAUGCACUAUACAACCGUUAACAACCACAGAAUCUAAUCAGUACGUAUAUAUACAAAGACAAUGAGUCUAAUUUUCGGUAGGCGGACUAGUUCAGGAUUACUUCCCUCUCACUCACGACGUAACAAUGAAAAGAAUGAUAAGUUUUUUUUCAUAACAAAGGUUGCAGCUGUAUUCGUUGUGAGUGCUGUAGCGAUCUUUUACUUCGUAGCUAAACCAACAUACACGGAAACAUCUGAUGUUUCGAUUGAUAUAGUAGAUUUUGGUGCUACCGCCCAAGUACAACCGGGUAACAGUAAGGCGGAUAGCGCUCUGGCCUUCGAUAAAGAUGAAGAAAUUUUAAAUAGCAUUGAGGAUGAGACGAUCAACCAGGUCAACGAUCUAGUAGCGGCUGAUACUCCUAAACCCGAGCCCCUGGAGGGUAUGAAGUACGGUGCAGUUAGGCUGCCCAGUGGUCGUGCGGUGAACUUUGUAGGUUCAGUGUGUGUAGGUAGAGCAGAACUAGCAUACGUUUUCGACACUGAAGUGGAGGCUGCACAUAUGAAAGACUGUUGCUUCGGCAAUGCCGGCACGAAGCACUGUACAGCUGUCGAGAUUGGCUUGUGUCAAUCUAUGCAGACCAAGAUACGGCAAUAUGCGAGUAAACCAGGACGCGAUAUUCAGUUCUGGACCAAAAAAGAAGUAGAACAAAAGAAGUUGCGCGUAUUACCAGGAUUAACCUUGUGGGCGAAUACCGUCACCGACAACGAGCAAAUUGGACAUUUGAUCAACAAGGACCUUUUGUUUUUCAAUCUGCACAAUGAUGUUGAGCACAUGCCCAAAAUCGAUUACUUCGUAUUCCCAAAGAUGGCUGCUCCCCAGGGUCCCCAUGCGGUACAGUUCACGGAGACCAUACUUGGUGAGAUGUGGGAGAAAAACACAUUCUGGGGUGACCAAAUACAACGCAAAAAGGAUUUCCCGGAUCACAUGGUUUGCUUUGAGAGGGCAGUAGAGGGCGAGGUGCUACAUGACGAAACCGUGUUUGACAAUAUGGCUCAAGGCGAUCAGUUUAGGCAAUUUGCGGUGGAGAAUUUAGGAGCGAAGCACUUUGGUGAAGGCUGCCCGCCGUUAGACGCUGUCGUGUUGCGCAGAACGGAGGGGACCGGUCUGAGGAGCAUUCUGAAUUACGAUGUGAUCGAUCGAGUAUUCAAGAGGAACGGCAUCAAUAGUUACAAAAAUGUUACUGUUGCAGGUGCGGAUGAUACUACGGCACAUGUGAACGUCUUUAGUAAUUUUGGUUUGAUGGUAGCGUCACACUCUUCUCAGCUAAAGAAUCUCAUUUUCUCGGCUAAAAACUCGAUAGUGAUCGAGACCAAGGGUACUGAAGUGGGUUACAUGGACCCCUCACCUUUUCAGGAGGGUGUAGACGAGCCCUUGGGCAUCAUUUACAAGGUCAGUAAUGGACACAAACCAGACUAUACCAGUUGUCCCGAGGAUCAUGGCUGUACCAAACUCAAGAAAUACAAGGUGGACUACUGGCUGGACGAAGAAGUAUUUGAAGCUGAUCUUCUCAAGGUGUUAGAGAUCAGGCGAGAGCGCUGUGGUGAACUUUAGUCUAUGUACUCUGAAAAAAAAGUCACGACAACGUUUAGCCCUUGGAAAAACCGGGCAUCGUUAUUCUAUCGACACAGUGUGUCUUAUUAUUUGGGCGAACUACUGCCCUAUACUGCAUGAACAAAUUUAUUGUAUGAAUAAAAUCAUUUUUUACUUUUCGAGUCAAGUGG